CGUCAAUCGAGCGUUAAAGUAAAUAUUAAAAUUUAAAUUCCUUGGAAUCGAGAUUUGGCAAUCGAAAAAUGAAUGUUUGAUUGUUUACUAAUAAUAAUGUAGUACCUAAUUGCUGAGUGCGUAUAAAAAUUAUAGUAAAUAGGUACCUCUAGAUAUAGUAUGUAUUUUAUACAUAAUAGGUAACUUUUAAAAUUAAAUAUAAAUAGGUACAAUUAAUAGUAAGGAUAUAGGAUAGGAUUCCUAUUAUUUUCGCUAAUGCUGAUUUAUUUUUAUUUGAUAAUUUACAUGAAUGAAUCGAUUAUUAAAUAGGUGAUUGUACUAUUUUAUAAGAUGUGAUAAAUAACUUACUAUCUGUGAGGACAAUACUUAUAAAUAUGAUGGACAUCAGUGAUGAAGAAGAAACAGGCAAAAAAUGCUACAAAUAUCCACACAAACUAACAGGCAAUUUAAAUUUGGUUUACAAUUCUGCAAAUUCUAUGCUUUGUUUGUGGAAUAGAUACCAAAUAUUCAUUCAUGAAGGUUUCAACUUGAAGGAAGCAACAAAAACAAUAUUUCCUGAGUUCCAAAUUAAACAAACCUUAAUUUCAAGUAACUAUUUGGUAUGCCUAGACUGGGAUAGGAACAUCCAGAUCAUUUCAAUGAAAUUUAAACAUUCCGCACAAAAGAGAUUAAAAAGUAGUAUGAGAAACAUAGAGCAAAAUAUUUUAAAAAUUGAACAAUUUGGAGAAGAUAUAAUAGCGGUAAAAUAUGAAAACAAUGAAUAUUUUCUAUGUUUGCUGAAACCAAAUUUAGAUCUUCAAUUACCAAAAAUAUUCAAAAUAACCCAUACCACCGAUAUACCUCGAAAUAUUGCUACAAAGAUCUUAUUUUUAGUUCAUGCUUUACAUAAUCUUCAGUUUAAUACAGUCAAAGAAGUGUUUGGAAGAAAAGAUUCUAAUGGAAAGAAUUAUUAUGUUAUUAUAAUUACAUUUGAUAGGAGAACAAUUUUCGGAUGUGUGUUUAAUCCAGAUCAUAAUGAGGAGUUAAAAUUAUUGAAACUAUACCAAUGCCCGAUUGAGAUUAAUGACAUUAAAAUACUAAAUCGUAACAACCCAGAAAUAAUUAUUGGACUAUCAACAGGGACAAUAAUUCAAUUAACUCUAGAUGUGAACCGGACAUGCAAAAUAUUUCAUUUAAAUACAUGUAUUGAGAAGUUUGUCGAAAUAAAUGAUUGUUUAAUUUACACCGAUAACAAGACUCUGUGGAGAGCUGAAAACAUUUUUACAGAUGAAGUUGUAUUCAAAGAGUUUUUUGUUAAGCAAGUCAGUGACUUUAUUAAAUGUGGAGACCAAAUCAUUUGUACCACAUUUUCAAAUUAUAUUUACACUUUCUUAGUUGAUGAUGAUGCAUCAUAUCUAAAAAAUAACACUGAAGACGUUUGUUCAGCUGACAAUUUUCUUGAUAAUGACGGUUAUGUACAAAGUAUAAUGGAUGAAAUAGAAAAAAUGGAGACUUUGGCAAGAAAAGUUACUGAUGAAAAAAAUUAUAUAACAACUUUAGCAAUAGCAAAUAGAAAUGAUGUAAUGGAUAAUGUUUUAAAGUAUAAAGUAACAGUUUAUGAUCACUUUGAAGAUAUUGUUGCAGAUGAUAAAACUAUGUUUGCCGAUGAUUGCAAAGACAUAUUUGAUAAUAGCAUGUUUUAUUUGUUGGUAAAUAUCACAAGUACAACUUUACAACAAAACUUCUCUGAAAUACUAUCAAAUUAUGUUGGUGACUUUAGAAUUCAUAUCACAUUAUUUAGCGAUGAUAGUGUACUGAAAACCACAAGUGUCAAAGUACCAGAUCAGCUUAAAAAGCUAGAUUUAAUUGUAACAUUGAAAACUAGGAGCAUAGAUGAAAGAAUAUUUCUAAACUUACAAUUAGUUACACAAAUACCUGGCGUUUUAGAUGAAAAACAAAAAAUUUGGGCAUGCUUGCACAGAAAAAAUAUUGAAAUAAAAUCAGAAAAUUUUGUCAGAAUAAAAAGUGCAAGAAGAUGUCUUUAUUUAAAAAAUAAAAGACCUCCAUUUGAAGAUUUAAUCUUUAAGACUGUAAAUGGCCAGUACGGAACUAUAUUUGAAUUUUCAAGUAAACCAAAAGGAUUACAGGAUGAUUGUACAUAUUUCAUUAAAUUGCCUGUCAACUAUGUUGAUGUAUUCAAAAGUAUAGUGACUUUUAAAGAACACUUUCACACAAAGAAAGCAGCACAUUUUUUAGAACAAACAUGUAAUGAUAAAUUUUUAAAGGCAAGAAGUGCUGUAUCAUUUGAUGUGGCCAAUGUAAAACUUCAAACUGAAAUAUUAAAUGAUGGAUUUUUUCCACCUGUGCUCAAAGUAUCUUCUAGGAAUAUUAAAAUUGCUCUUGACUUUAGGAAUUUCUUUUCGAACUUAUUUCACAAACAUCUUGUUGGAUCUGCACGAGAAAUGGUUGUUAAAUAUUCUCUAUAUGCGGCAACUGAAAAUAUACAAAAAACGAUUAAGGAAUGUUUAGAGAAAGGAAAGGAUUUCAAAGACUUCAUGAAAGUUCAUGAAACAUUUCAACGACAUAUUAUAGGAGAUCUGCCUAUUUAAAAUAAAUGAUGUAAUUCUUU